AGUGACUUGGUGUCAUUGACAUCCCCAGUGACACCAAUACAGUGAUCAAUGCUAAAACAAGCACUGACGCCGUACUAAGGGCAUUGGGCAGGAAGAGGUUAACAUGAGGGGUGAUCAAAUGGUUAACUGUGUGCUGUUUUACUUGUGUCUGUGUGUGUGCUUCACUGUAAUCACGCUGUUCACAGCCAUCCAAAGCAGUGUGCACGUGCUGACAAGGAGGAGAACUGUAUUGUUUACGUGCACGCCCCCUACCCAGAAAUGCAAAAUC